AUGACAUCCUCUACAACAUUUGAUAUUCAUUUAAUGACAGAAGACGAUUAUGACCAAGUAUUAUCUUUAUUAUUGAAUUCGUUCUUUCAGGAUGAACCAAUAACACGAUGCAUCCAAUUAACUGACACAUUAGAUUUUGCCAAAUCGAUCAUUCAAGGUUGUUUAAAAGACAAAUGUUCAUUUGUGGCAUGCCAUCCUCAAACCAAACAAAUCGCUGCUGUAUGUCUUAACGAGAUUAUCUACAAAAAUAAUAAUGAAGAGAAUAUUCAAUGGGGAGAAAAGAUUCGUUUUAUUUUUGAGAUCUUGUCUGCUGUGCACAAAAAGCGAAGUAUUUUCGAAGAAUUCAGUGCUGAUAAACUUUUACACAUAUACAUAAUCAGUGUUGAUCAAAGUGCGCGUGGCCACGGACUUGCAUCGAAAUUGAUAGGAAAAAGUAUUGAAUAUGGGAAAGAAUUACAAAUGAUCGGUGCGUAUGCCGAAGCAACGAAUCUUAUCUCGUUAAAAAGCUUCAAGCAACAAAAAUUUGAUGUUUUUGAUGAAUUGAUAUACGUUAACUACAAUCCUCAACGUUUGGCUGGUCUGAAAGGCGAAAUCUAUGAUCGUUGUUAUCUUGUUGCACGAAAGCUUUAA